UUAAAUAAAAGGGGUCGUUUGAGUCUUAGCAUGAUGACCGAAAAAAACUCGGCACUUGAAGAAAAAUUCUGGAAAGAAGUUUGUAGGAAAACUUUUACUAUAAAAGCGGAAAUGUAGUCGAGCAUAUAUAUCAUUUUCUCCAACUCGUCAAAUUUUCCGCGCUGCGCUAUUAGGCAAAGACUGAUGAUGGAUUCACUUCUCAUUGGGCCUGCAGUCACAACAAUAUGUGUGCUCCUGUUGUCUUCGGUACUAAUGCUGGCGCAGUGCUGUAAGAAGAAGAAGCCAAGACAGAUUCCUCAGCAAGGUCUUCCUGAAGAUGGUCCAACCGCCGCGCCGCCGCCGACACAAUUGAAGGUUAAAGCGAAAGGGGGGAAGAAAGGAGUAAAAGGAAAGAAACGUGAGUUGAUUGACCUCUCAGUCAUCAAAAGCCUUAAUUUUUCUUCUUUUUCAGCUCCUCCAAAAAAGGUGGAAGAUGAACCAAAAACCCCAGGUAUCGGAGUUGGCAUAGACUAUCAAACUCUUGGUAAUCUCGACAAGAACAUCUUCGUCAAGAAUUAG